AUGUUGUCAGCCGCUCGUCGUUUCAUCUCACUCUCAACCGCAUCCGCAAUGGCAUCAGUUCACGGAAUUACUGUCAAAAAUGCUCAAGGAGAAGACACUCCACUCUCCAACUACCAAGGAAAAGUUCUAAUCAUUGUCAACGUCGCUUCACAGUGCGGACUCACCAAUUCCAACUACAACCAGUUCAAGGAGCUCCUCGAUGUGUACAAAAAAGACGGACUCGAAGUUCUCGCAUUCCCGUGCAAUCAAUUCGGUGGUCAGGAACCAUCAUGCGAGAUCGAUAUCGCCGCGUUCGUCGCCGACAAAUUCAAAUUCGAGCCAACCCUGUUCCAAAAAAUCGACGUAAACGGAGACAACACUGCUCCACUGUACAAGUUCUUGAAACAGGAGAAGGGCGGAUUUUUGGUCGACGCGAUUAAGUGGAACUUCACGAAAUUCCUCGUUGGCAGAGAUGGUCACGUUAUCAAGAGAUUCUCACCGACUACUGAGCCGAAGGAUAUGAAGAAGGAUAUCGAGGCCGCACUUCAAGCCAAACUUUAAAUAUUUUUUUUGAGCUGAAAAAAUGGAGAAAAAUCGAGUGAAAACUUGGGAAAAUUCGAUAAAUCUAGGAAUUUCUAUGAAUUUUUGGAUUUUUUUCGAAAAAAUUUGAACAAUUUUGCUAAAAAUCUAUGAAAUUUCAGAUUUUUUCCAAUUUUUCCAAAAAAAUUCAAAUAAUUAUUUAUUUUUUGAAUUUUCUCAGAGUUUUUGUUCCGACUUUUCUGAAUUCAAAAUUUUUCACAAUUUCAACAAAAAAAUUCAAAUUUCCCAGAUUUUUUUGAACUUUUUUCGAGAAUUUCACUAAAAAUUUAUGAAUUUUACAGAUUUUUUUGCAGAAAAAUUAAAUUUUCCGGUUUUCUCAGCUUUUUUUUUUCGAAAAUUUCACUAAAAAUCUGCGAAUUUUACAGAUUUUUAUUUGCAGAAAAAUUAAAUUUUCCGGUUUUCUAAGCUUUUUUUUCGAGAAUUUCACUAAAAAUCGAAUUUUCCAGAUUUUCAAUUUUUUUCCCUCAUUUUCACUCAAUUUUCUCCUAAUUUUUUUCCACAAAAACCCCGUUCCUAAUUUAAUUUCUAAGUACUCUAGCUUUUCCCACUUCUCGCUUUGUAAAUAUCUAUUUUUGCACAAAAAUAAAGUAAAAAAUUUU